UCAAUCCAAAAAAUAAAAAAAUAAAAAAAAAGGUUCAUCUCAACUGGCAAUCAUACGUGUAACACUUUCACUUGCCCUUCGAUAAGCACAGAGUUCUUUUCGAAAACGUAUUCCACCGCCGCUAUGCCGCCGUCCGGCAAUGGAGCUGACGCCGCUGCCGGCGGCCGCUGCAUGUGCUCUUCCACCGAAGAUGAAAACCAAAAUCAAAGCUGCCAGCAUUGCCGGCGAUCGACUCUGCCUUCCUCUUCGUCAUCUUGCUCGUUGCUUAGCCUUGAAUCCUAUCCGGUUCAGGACUACGAUAAACUUUGGAGAAUCUAUAGUGCCUCUAUUAAAGGCUUUACCAUUGGCGCUGGCCUCAAAGGUGGCCUCGCUAUCUUCGCUGUUCUCUCUCGGCUACGACGUAGAAAAUCGUUGUCCUCUGCGAAGAAAGCGCAAAUGGUGUCGAGCAGUGACGAUAUAAUUUUGGCACUAAAGGAGACUUUAAGAUAUGGUCUAUUCCUUGGCACUUUCGCUGGUACUUUUGUAUCUGUUGAUGAAAUUGUAUCUGCUUGGGGCGGUCAUCGAAGGACAGCUAAGUGGAGAGCAUUGCUAGCUGGUGCAAUCGCGGGGCCAUCAAUGCUUCUUACUGGGAACACACAGCAUACAAGCUUGGCAAUUUACAUUCUUAUGCGUGCAGCUGUGUUGGCAUCGCGAUGUGGAAUAAAAAAAACACUUGUUGUCAUCAGUCUUAAUAAAGAUUUUAAAAAAAAAUCUUUUUCCUGUCAGUUUAUUGUUUCGCUGAAAAAAUGUGGUAAGUUCCGCAUUCAAAAACCUGAUUUACUACGAAGACUUGAUUUGCUGAUUCUGAGAAGCCUAUGCCCUUCUGAGCUAUGUUUUUCUCUCAUACUCCAUUUUUUUAUUUAUGUUAGGUCCGCUUAUAUAUUGAAGCAAGAUAGUCUGCAUCCAUCUUACAAAUCCUUUCUCAACAAACAUGGUGGGAAAGCUCAGGUUAUCUUGCAGGGUGUGCGAGACCUGGCAUGUGGGAACUCUGUAGCCAAUUUGGAUGCGAUACAGAAUCAUUACAAGUCCAAUGGUGUUGACAUUAAGCUGGAUCCACAAAUGAAAGUACCCUGCUCGAUAGUACAUGAGAAUCAAGGAUGUGGUGCACAUUUUAUUUCUUUUCUAAUUCAAGCUUACAAGAGGGCUUUGCCAGUUUACCUUCCAGUUUAUUUAGUUCCUGCACUCAUUGUACAUCGUCAAGGGCUCUUGAAAAGACCUAACACAAUUUUGGCAAAGGGUCUUCUUGGUACAGCAAGGUCUAGUCUAUUUCUCUCCGUGUAUUGUUCAUCUGCCUGGUUAUGGACGUGCAUCCUCUUCAGGCUGUUCAGGAGAUGUAACAUCCCCAUGGUGGUACUGGGGACGUUCCCUACUGGUCUGGCCCUGGCAAUUGAAAAGAAGAGCAGAAGGAUAGAGAUUUCGCUCUACUGCCUUGCUCGGGCACUUGAGAGUUUCGUCACGUGCAUGGUCGAUGUUGGGUAUUUGCCUCGGUCUAAAAAUUUAAAGAGAGCCGAUGUGGUGAUUUUUAGCAUUGCAACUGCAAUUAUCAUGCAUUGUUAUGCUAUAGAGAGGGAUGUCUUCCGAUCCAAGUACUUGAAUGUUCUUGAUUGGGUGUUUGGUGUGCCUCUUCCCCCCUAUGAAACCACUCCUCGCAAGAACAGGAGAAGCGAUUCCAGCUAGCUAAUAUGCGUUUGGUAUGGCGUGCCUCACCCCCAUAAGGAAUUGUCUCGUGUUGUGAUGAAUAAUGGAUUAUUCUUUUUUCCCUUUCAAUCUAAGAAGGUUGACGUUAGUAUACCAUUCUUUUUCGUGUACACUAGAUGUCACAAAACAAAUUACCUUUGUACACUACAGUGCUAUAGCAAAUCUACUCUGAUGCAAAUUAAGGACUAAUGAUGGUCCGUUUAAUUUAAACUUUGUUGUUGCUA